ACGCCUUCUCGUUUCCCCCUGUACUGUUACUGUACGGUUAGUUAGUGUAACGAAGAGGUGUUUGCUACGGUCCAGACAUUUUUAUCAAAUUUCGGCAAGAAAGAAGCGAGGGUGGAGAGAUGGCGAAAACCUAUGAUUACCUUUUUAAAUUGCUUCUCAUCGGGGACAGCGGUGUCGGCAAGACAUGUCUCCUCUUCAGAUUCAGCGAAGAUGCGUUCAACACUACCUUCAUAUCAACAAUAGGUAUUGACUUCAAAAUCAGGACGAUAGAGUUGGACGGGAAGAAGAUCAAGCUCCAGAUAUGGGACACAGCCGGUCAGGAGAGGUUCAGGACCAUCACAACAGCCUACUACAGAGGAGCUAUGGGUAUCAUGCUAGUGUAUGACAUCACUAACGAGAAGUCCUUCGAGAACAUCAAGAACUGGAUCAGGAACAUUGAAGAGCAUGCCUCCUCUGACGUGGAGAGGAUGAUCCUAGGAAACAAGUGUGACAUGAACGACAAAAGACAGGUGUCAAAAGAACGAGGAGAAAAGUUGGCGAUUGAUUACGGCAUCAAGUUCUUAGAAACGAGCGCCAAGUCCAGCCUGAACGUGGAAGAGUCCUUUUUCACACUGGGAAGAGACAUAAUGACGAGACUCAACAGAAAAAUAAACGACAACAGUCCUCCAGGAGGAGGUGGGCCGGUCAAGAUCACAGAGACCCGGUCGAAGAAGAGCAACUUCUUCAGAUGUUCACUGUUCUAGUGGAUCCGUCCUCUCCUUUCCAUGGACUGAUACACUCCUCCAACCCCUCACCAGGCCUGGCUACCAGGCUACCUACCUAGCACUCCUCCAACCCCUCACCAGGCCUGGGUACCAGGCUACCUACCUAGCACUCCUCCAACCCCUCACCAGGCCUGGGUACCAGGCUACCUACCUAGCACUCCUCCAACCCCUCACCAGGCCUGGUACCAGGCUACCUACCUAGCACUCCUCCAACCCCUCACCAGGCCUGGUACCAGGCUACCUACCUAGCACUCCUCCAACCCCUCACCAGGCCUGGUACCAGGCUACCUACCUAGCACUCCUCCAACCCCUCACCAGGCCUGGUACCAGGCUACCUACCUAGCACUCCUCCAACCCCUCACCAGGCUACCUACCUAGCACUCCUCCAACCCCUCACCAGGCUACAUACCUAGCACUCCUCCAACCCCUCACCAGGCCUGGUACCAGGCUACCUACCUAGCACUCCUCCAACCCCUCACCAGGCCUGGUACCAGGCUACCUACCUAGCACUCCUCCAACCCCUCACCAGGCCUGGUACCAGGCUACCUACCUAGCACUCCUCCAACCCCUCACCAGGCUACCUACCUAGCACUCCUCCAACCCCUCACCAGGCCUGGGUACCAGGCUACCUACCUAGCACUCCUCCAACCCCUCACCAGGCCUGGUACCAGGCUACCUACCUAGCACUCCUCCAACCCCUCACCAGGCCUGGGUACCAGGCUACCUACCUAGCACUCCUCCAACCCCUCACCAGGCCUGGGUACCAGGCUACCUACCUAGCACUCCUCUAACCCCUCACCAGGCCUGGUACCAGGCUACCUACCUAGCACUCCUCCAACCCCUCACCAGGCCUGGUACCAGGCUACCUACCUAGCACUCUCCCAACCCCUCACCAGGCCUGGUACCAGGCUACCUACCUAGCACUCCUCCAACCCCUCACCAGGCCUGGUACCAGGCUACCUACCUAGCACUCCUCCAACCCCUCACCAGGCCUGGUACCAGGCUACCUACCUAGCACUCCUCCAACCCCUCACCAGGCCUGAAACCAGGCUACCUACCUAGCACUCCUCCAACCCCUCACCAGGCCUGGUACCAGGCUACCUACAAAGCACUGGGUCUUGGCCAGGCUAGGCUACUUAUUGCUGCUGAACUGCCUGGCUAUUCUGUAGGCUACAGAGGAAAGCGACUCGCCAUCCUAUUAAAAAAAUGACACGUUAGAGAACCAAAAUUCUGAAAAGAACAAGGAUUGCCCCUCAACUGCACCCCUCUCCCCCUUCCCCAAAGGAGUUAGUCUAGGGUUGCAUCCCAAAUGGAACCCUUUUCACUAUAUAGUGCACUACUCUUCACCAGAGCCCUAUUAUGCAGGCCCAGGUCAAAAGUAGUGCACUAUAUAGGGAAUAGGGUGGCAUUUUGGAUGCAGUACAUUUCUCCCCUCCCCCCAAAAGCUCUGAUUGACAGUUGAACCCUGUCUUCUGUGUUCUUUAACUCACCCCUGGAAAUGCUUUGUUGUUUGUUCCGCUUCCUGUUUAGCUGAAGCUGCCUUUCCCCUGUAUUCACUCGAUGCACAGCUAACUUUUUAUUUUGUUGUCGCGUGUCUUGUCUUUCUUUACCUGCCUAUCUUUCUAAGGGGGGAAAAAAAAGAUUGACACCUGAAGGAUUGGAAGAGUUUGUUUGACGUGGAUCUCGGUUGGACUAGAGAAGAUUAUAGUCAGCUGAAAAUCGCAACGUCAUCAUCACGUUCACUUUUUUAAAGUCAUGAAUGAACAUGACUGCAGGGAGAGAUGGAGAGAAAAGAGAGUAUUGUACUGCAUGUUCUGCCCACACUAGAAAGGAAAAUGUAACUGUUGUUUAGUAUUCUACCAAAGCUAAUGACUUCAUUGUGGUGGUUGUUUCACCAAUGCCUUUAUUUUUUUGUCUUUUAGUUUUAUAUAAUCUUUAUGAUAAUCGCACUGGAGAUCGUUAUGGAUGUUUCAAUGAUUGUUAAAACACCGCCUCUGUCAAAAAGGACGCUGCAGUCAUUCAACGAUGCAUCCCUGAUCCAGAGCACUAAAGGCUAGAUUCAGAGCCGCUCUUCAGAACCGCUCUUCAGAACCACUCUAAAGAGUUAAAGGAUGCUCAUUGCUUGGCACUUCAACUGAUGACGGUCUCAGAAUUGGCUUCACUCAAUCGGACGUAAUGAACGACUAGUUUUUCUGUUGUCACUUAGUCAUGCACUUACAGAAGGAGGUUUCUCAAUUACUCCAAUUUAAAACCACUGAUUAGCCUCUACUCAACUUAAAACCACUGAGCAGCCUCUACUCAACUUAAAACCACUGAGCAGCCUCUACUCAACUUAAAACCACUGAUUAGCCUCUACUCAACUUAAAACCACUGAUUAGCCUCUACUCAACUUAAAACCACUGAUUAGCCUCAACUCAACUUAAAACCACUGAUCAGCCUCUACUCAACUUAAAACCACUGAUUAGCCUCUACUCAACUUAAAACCACUGAUUAGCCUCUACUCAACUUAAAACCACUGAGCAGCCUCUACUCAACUUAAAACCACUGAGCAGCCUCUACUCAACUUAAAACCACUGAGCAGCCUCUACUCAACUUAAAACCACUGAGCAGCCUCUACUCAACUUAAAACCACUGAUUAGCCUCUACUCAACUUAAAACCACUGAGCAGCCUCUACUCAACUUAAAACCACUGAUUAGCCUCUACUCAACUUAAAACCACUGAUUAGCCUCUACUCAACUUAAAACCACUGAGCAGCCUCUACUCAACUUAAAACCACUGAUUAGCCUCAACUCAACUUAAAACCACUGAUUAGCCUCUACUCAACUUAAAACCACUGAUUAGCCUCUACUCAACUUAAAACCACUGAGCAGCCUCUACUCAACUUAAAACCACUGAGCAGCCUCUACUCAACUUAAAACCACUGAGCAGCCUCUACUCAACUUAAAACCACUGAUUAGCCUCUACUCAACUUAAAACCACUGAUUAGCCUCUACUCAACUUAAAACCACUGAGCAGCCUCUACUCAACUUAAAACCACUGAUUAGCCUCUACUCAACUUAAAACCACUGAUUAGUCUCUACUCAACUUAAAACCACUGAGCAGCCUCUACUCAACUUAAAACCACUGAUUAGCCUCAACUCAACUUAAAACCACUGAUUAGCCUCUACUCAACUUAAAACCACUGAUUAGCCUCUACUCAACUUAAAACCACUGAUUAGCCUCUACUCAACUUAAAACCACUGAGCAGCCUCUACUCAACUUAAAACCACUGAUUAGCCUCUACUCAACUUAAAACCACUGAUUAGCCUCUACUCAACUUAAAACCACUGAGCAGCCUCUACUCAACUUAAAACCACUGAUUAGCCUCUACUCAACUUAAAACCACUGAGCAGCCUCUACUCAACUUAAAACCACUGAUUAGCCUCUACUCAACUUAAAACCACUGAGCAGCCUCUACUCAACUUAAAACCACUGAGCAGCCUCUACUCAACUUAAAACCACUGAGCAGCCUCUACUCAACUUAAAACCACUGAUUAGCCUCUACUCAACUUAAAACCACUGAUCAGCCUCUACUCAACUUAAAACCACUGAGCAGCCUCUACUCAACUUAAAUCCACUGAGCAGCCUCUACUCAACUUAAAACCACUGAGCAGCCUCUACUCAACUUAAAUCCACUGAGCAGCCUCUACUCAACUUAAAACCACUGAUUAGCCUCUACUCAACUUAAAACCACUGAUUAGCCUCUACUCAACUUAAAACCACUGAUUAGCCUCUACUCAACUUAAAACCACUGAUCAGCCUCUACUCAACUUAAAUCCACUGAGCAGCCUCUACUCAACUUAAAACCACUGAUUAGCCUCUACUCAACUUAAAACCACUGAUCAGCCUCUACUCAACUUAAAACCACUGAGCAGCCUCUACUCAACUUAAAACCACUGAUUAGCCUCUACUCAACUGACUCAUACAACCACCACGGUAGCAGAUACUGACUCAUACAACCACCAGGGUAGCAGAUACCGACUCAUACAACCACCACGGUAGCAGAUACCGACUCAUACAACCACCACGGUAGCAGAUACCGACUCAUACAAGUGCUUUUGAAAAGUAGCCACAAGCAAAAAAAACUCUUGUGUUCUAUCGUUGGUGCGUUCAUGCAAAUGUUGUUGAUGGUAUUAUAUUUACAUACGGUAUCCGAUAAGACAUUGGACACUGGCGUUUACUCCCAGCAUGCUUUGUGAAACCACAAGGUAAACCACUUUCUACAUGUUUCAUUUUAUUAGCUCUUUAUUAUCGCCAAACAAAACCAUGUUGAUUAGGACACCUUUUCCCAGUUCAUAUUAAUAUCCUUAUAUCUGCUCUCUGCUGUUACAUCCUGUUCUUUCUGGUUUAUAAAACCACUGUUGUAUUAUUCUGA